UAGCCCGCGCUGUAGACUAAGCGAUCCCCCCGAGGCUGCCCUCAUCCCCCUCCUCUCGGCUUGUGUAUGUGUGUCAGGCUCCUCCUAUCACUCUAGCUGCGGCCUCCUGGAUUUUCUCCCGGUUGAGGCCUAUGUGACAGGUAUCUCCCUGACUGACUGCUCUCACUCUGUCUCCAGAGCCGCCGUGUUCGGGAUUCUCCGCUGAAGCUCUUCUUCUUGACGGCCAUGGAGUAAGCUGGAAGAUGGCGGGCGGCGGGCAGAGCCGCUUUCUGGAUGCUUUGGGCAGAUCAGAGUCCAAGAAAGAUUCAGGUUUUAGAAAUAACUGGAGUUAUGAAAGCGUGGACGAAAGUGAUGGUGAUGUUGAAAAAGAUGAUGUAAACUUGCUCAGCCUUGAAGAAAGUGAUGGAUCUAGCUCAGAGCUUAGUGCACAAAAGUCCAGACAGGUUAGACCAGGAACAGGGAGAGCUCUUGGGGACCCUAUUAGGACUUAUGAGAGAAAAGGCAAACACCUACACUUGAGGCCUUUGAGAGGCAAUGCGACUGGACUGAACAUGUUGGGAGGAAGCAAGAAAUUGGGGGACGGUGUACAAAGCAUUGCACCAGCAUCUGGAAGUUUUGUUCAGGGAAGACUUUUCCAUCACACUAGUAUUACUCCAACAGUCAAAACUGCUGCACAGAGCAGUCUGGAAAGAAGAGAAAGGAAAGAAUAUCCCCCCCAUGUCCAGAAAGUAGAAGCUGAUGCUAAUAGGGUACCUCAAAGACCAGGCAUUCAGGAUACAAGGUUGCAUACUGAUGGAGAGUCUCAACCCAGAAGAAAAGUACAACAGACACGGCGUAGCAACUUAAAUGAGUACAAUUUGCCCAUGUCUCCUGCUCAGCUGCGUUUAUCGCAGACAGAGAGCAUGGAACAAAAUGAGCCUUUUCAAUGCUGUACAUCUUGUGGUAAAGACAAUAGGAGCAAAACAAAAUGCCAAAGUUGUGUAGGUACACAAAGACUUUACAGGCAAAACACCUCCUUAUCUGAAUCACCUGCUUCCCUAUCUCGGCCUUCAAUUCAUCAAAAUGCAACUGUAGAAACUCCUGUCAACAAAGGUUUAAGUACUAAGAACUUCUAUGGCUCUUCUUAUAGUAAAAUUCCUAUGGAUUCCAUUGUAAAAAAUGAUGUGUUAAGGUGGAAGACGAGUACACCAAAUGGGAAGGUUGGACUUUCUGCUGAAGCCAAGGUUACAAAAAACACAAGAAAUAGGAGUACUAGAUCAUCAGAACCAAAUGAUACAAUAAUCCUAUCUAGUGAUGAUGAAGACAAUUCUAGCACUGGAAGUACAAGUAGAAUAGAAAGCAUCUCUCCACGACCUGCUGAUUCCGCUUGUUCUUCUCCCGUCCCAUCAUCUGGAAAAGUAGAAGCAGCGCUGCGAGAAAAUAGUUUUAUAGAGAACAAGUUUAGUAACCCGGCAGAGUUUGACAUCACAAUCCCCAGAAAAGCGAGAAUGAAAGACCAGUUUGGAAAUUCUGUCACAAAUACUCCUGUUAAGCGCCGUAAAGUUUCCCAGUCAGAUGUUUCAAAUGAGCCCUUACCAGCGUGUUUUGCAAACUGUGAAAGUAUCAUUGUGACUUGUCGAAAUAUACGUGUAGGAACCUUCUAUAGAACAAUAGCAGACCCUGUUGUGUUUUGUUUAGAUGUCAUAAAGGUACAGCUGGAAGCACCUGAAGAUUCUGAAGAUGGUCAGCUGGAAUUAUUAUUGAAUACAUCGGAGCUAAUAAAGUGCGAAUGGUGCAGUGUACGAAAACUUUCAGUGAUGUUUUUCCAGAGUACCGCCUCCUAUUGUCAGAAACUGCGGUCGCAGUUUAAGAUGAGCAGACUGAAGAAUAUUGUAGGAUGGUAUGAUUCCAAGUCUUCAAAUGUGGAAGAACAAUUUAUCGUCCUAAUCCUUGAAAAGGCCCUGACAAUGGAAGAAAAUGCUUUUUUCGAAAAGAUUUUAAUGGAAAUUGGAGUAAAAAAUUCCAUCCCAAAUUUUUUCUCAAAAAUUGUGUUUGAGGAAGCUAACCGAAGACUCGUAGCCUUUACAAAACACUCGGAAGAAGCUCUGCCGUGCAAUUCACCCUCUACGGACCAAGUAGCAAGAAAUGUGGUUUCAGAAACUCGAAUGAAGCUGCGCAAUUCUACAACUCAUUUGCAGUAUUUUGAUGAAGAUGAGGCUGGCGACACACACAAUGUCUUUGUUGGUCCCAUUGAAAAAUUGAUUGUGUAUCCUCCGCCUCCUGCAAAAGGUGGGAUCUCAGUCACAAACGAGGAUCUGCAUUGCCUAAAUGAAGGAGAAUUUUUGAAUGAUGUAAUUAUUGAUUUCUACCUAAAGUAUUUAGUGCUUGAGAAACUAAGAGCACAUGCAGAUAGGAUCCAUAUUUUUAGUUCUUUUUUCUAUAAACGCCUCAAUCAGAGAGAGAGGAGGAACUUACAAGAUACCGCUAACUUGACACUGCAGCAAAGGAGGCAUGGAAGAGUCAAAACGUGGACUCGGCAUGUGGACCUCUUUCAGAAAGACUUCAUAUUUGUUCCACUAAAUGAAGCUGCCCACUGGUUUUUAGCUGUAAUAUGCUUUCCUGGUUUUGAAGAAUCCAAGUCUUAUCCAAACCCUUACUACCAUGCUGGGACUCUGGUAGAGGACAGCAGAACCUCUGCCAUCUCUAGUGACUCAGAGGCUUUUCUGCAAUGCUCUGCUGCCAAGUCAACUGCAAAGAAAAUGCCUAACAAGAAACAAAACCAUACUCCAAGUGACACAAGCUCUGGGACUGAUGAAAGUGAUGCAUCCGGGACAAGACGAAGCCACUGUGUAGGAAGGCACACCCUUAGAAGAAAUGAUCAAGGACAGCAGGAAGCGACCGCGCCUCUUAAGUCUCUCUUUCCACAAACGGACUCAAAUUCUAAAAUCGUAAAUGGCAUAACACUUGAAUGUAAAACACCAUUAAAGCAUCUUGAUGGUCUGCACAGAAUACAAAUGAGCUAUAGUGAUUCACCAGAUGACUUAAAAAAGAAUGAAGAGGAAUUCAUAGAUUUUUCAGAUGACCAAGAUAAUCCGGAUGAAAGCAGUGAUGAUGGUGGCCUUGCUGAUGACAAUUUCACUUCAGAGGCAGGAAAGUGGCAUCUAAAACCUACAAUUUGCAAGCAACCAUGUAUUCUCCUUAUGGAUUCACUGAGAGGUCCUUCUCGAUCUACAGUAGUAAAAACAUUACGAGAAUACCUAGAAGUAGAAUGGGAAGUUAGGAAAGGAACUAAAAGAAGUUUUUCCAAAGAGGUUAUGAAAGGCUCCAAUCCCAGAGUUCCUCAGCAAAACAAUUUCAGCGACUGUGGUGUAUAUAUACUCCAAUACGUGGAGAGCUUUUUUGAGAAUCCCAUUCAAAGUUUUGAUCUGCCAAUGAAUUUGACCGACUGGUUUCCUCAACAAAGAAUGAAGAGGAAGCGCGAAGAAAUCCGGAAUCUUAUUCUUUCUCUGCAGGAGCAUCAAAGUAAAGACAAGAAAGGACAGAGGGACCUUAGCACAACACAGCCCACUCCACCAGAGGGAACAGAGCAGAUCAUCAAUGCUUUUGCUUUAUGAGCAUCUCAUUUGUGGCAUGCUACUCUGCCAUUACUAAAACAGAGUUGAAUUCUUUUGAAACUUGUUAUUUUGAGGUUUGUAACCAUCGAAUGGAACAUUCACUCUCUUCAUAAAUUUGAGUGCUGUGUAAAUGUCAUUCAGAGUACAGGUCCCCAAACAGAGGGAAUGUAUGAACAGUAACACAUCUGUACAUAAGACAAUGAGGCCGUUUUUCUUUUCAGUAUUUAUAAAAUGAUUUUCUCUUCGCAUUCUUUAGUGUUUAUGUAUUCUUAACAGUGACUAAAACAACUUCGAAGUACACUUCAAAAUAAAACACAAUAUUUAUAGGCUCACAUUUCAAUGUCUAUUCUUCGAUAUGGCGGCCCACCGUGUACAUUUCUGUCUCAUAGGAACAAUAUACACAUAAU